CAGACCCACGCCGUAAACAGAAAACAUGGCGGCGGCGCCCGUUGCUUUGGGGUCCUUGCAGGCGGGCCGCGCCCGCUGGGUGGCCGCUUGCUGUGCACGGUUUGGCCCAGGGUGGAGGGUGUCCGGCUCCUUGACAGGCCCGCGAGUCGGUCCGGAGAUCUGGGCCCGCGGUUGGGCGCUCGCUGCCGGGAAGGCGGCCCCGCGGAGGGGCUACAGUUCUGAUGCGAAGACAGAGGACGAGCUGCGGGUGAGAUACCUGGAAGAGGAGAAUCGAGGAAUUGUGGUACUUGGAAUAAACAGAGCUUAUGCCAAAAAUUCUAUCAGUAAAAAUCUCAUAAAAAUGCUAUCAAAAUCUGUGGAUGCUUUAAAAUCUGAUAAGAAAGUGCGGACUAUCAUAGUCAGGAGUGAAGUCCCAGGGAUAUUCUGUGCUGGUGCUGACCUUAAGGAAAGAGUGAAAAUGAGUUCCAGUGAAGUUGGUCCUUUCGUCUCCAAAAUAAGAUCAGUGAUUAAUGAAAUUGCUAAUCUUCCAGUGCCAACGAUUGCAGCAAUAGAUGGACUGGCUUUAGGUGGUGGUCUUGAACUGGCGCUAGCGUGUGAUAUAAGAGUAGCAGCUUCCUCUGCAAAAAUGGGUCUCGUUGAAACAAAGUUGGCCAUUAUUCCUGGAGGAGGGGGAACACAGCGACUGCCACGUGCCAUUGGGAUGUCCCUAGCCAAAGAGCUCAUCUUCUCUGCACGUGUGCUCGAUGGCCAAGAGGCCAAGGAAGUGGGCUUGAUCAGCCACGUUCUAGAACAGAACCAGAAUGGCGAUGCUGCCUACAGAAAGGCUUUGGACCUCGCCAGAGAGUUUUUACCUCAGGGACCUGUUGCAAUGAGAGUGGCAAAAUUAGCAAUUAAUCAAGGGAUGGAGGUGGACUUAGUAACAGGGCUAGCCAUAGAAGAAGCAUGUUAUGCUCAGACUAUUCCCACGAAAGACAGACUUGAAGGUCUUCUUGCUUUUAAAGAGAAAAGGCCCCCUCACUAUAAAGGAGAGUAGAAGAAAGAGAAAUUUUUGAAAUGCCAGUGUAAUAAAUGUUAUUCUGGAGGUAUCUUUCAGAUCCACUGUAUGGUUCAGCACAUGGAGUCCCAACGCCCACAGUGAAGAGCAUAUUCCUGGGGUGGGACACCCAGCACCCGGAAUGGGCCCAUGCCUGUACUCUGUUCCCAUGUCUUGUUCUAGCCACUCACAUUUAUAAUGCUCGUAGUGUGUCCUGUCAAAAAACAGGCCCACAAGUAGGUGUACAUUUUUAAAUAUUUCCUGCAUAUGAAGCUUUCUGUUAUUAAUUUUUUUAAUGUGAAUAAUUUAUAUAUUGCACACUUUAGGAGAGAAUAAUAUUGAUUGUAUGUCUAUUGUGCUGCAAUAUAAAAAUAAAGUUAUUUCUAUAUACCAAAAAUGUGACACCAAAUAAAGUUUCUCUAAGGGAUUAUAUGCACAUGCACAGGGACACAAGCAUACAUCUCCAGUUGAAAAGGGAAUUGGUAUUUUGAGUGAAAAUUACCAAAUAUUAAUAAAC